AUGAACCAUCCGGAAGAUUUUGACUCCAAGAGUAAAUACCACCACGUAUACCAUCCUACACAUCAACAGCAGCAGCAGCAGCAGCAACAGCAGCAGCAAUGGCAUCAGCAGUUUUCAACGACGGAGUAUUAUUUCUUGUCGGUUAAGCAGAAUGUUCCGCUCUUCGAAAUCGACAAGUACAGCGGUGUCAUCCGAACUAAGGCAAGAAUCGAUCGAGAUGUCAUCUGUCCUGCCAUGCUGUCCUGCGAUCUUUAUUUUGAUGUCGCUGAGAAAACACAAUACCAGAUGAACUCUAUAAAAAUUGUCAUCACAAUACUGGACCGUAAUGACAAUUAUCCCGAGUUUUCUGAAGAAGGAAGAGUACUCGAAAUAUCCGAAUCUGCUCCGGUUGGGUCGGUCUACACGUUGUCAGUUGCUAAGGAUAUCGACAGCCCGGAUAAUGGCGUACAAGAUUACAAUCCCCACCAUGCCCACCACUCCAACAUGCCCAACCACCAACGAGCAAAUAGCGCGCCGACUGUUGAACUGGUACACGCACUCGACAGGGAGACCAUCGACGUCUACCGCUUCCAACUUUUGGCGGUCGAUGGAGGGGAGCCUGCUAAAACGGGCACCGUCGAUAUAACCAUCAUCAUUCGAGACGUUAACGAUAACAUGCCUCUUUUUGAGCAGACGCAUUACACGGCAGCUAUCGCGGAGAACGUGGCUCGGUUGACACAUGUUAGUCAAGUUAGAGCGGUUGACGUCGACGAUGGCGUAAAUGGCGAUGUGGCUUACUACAUCCACAUUUUCGUUUUUGAUAAUAAUAACAAUGAAAAUGAAAAUGAUAACGAUCUUAAUGAAAUAUUCUCUAUCGAUCCAAAGACCGGUGAAAUAAUUGUGAGCGGCAAAGUAGAUUAUGAAAAAACCGAUUCUUACAUUUUAACAGUGGUAGCGAAAGAUGGCGCCGUUGCCGAUCCACUGUCAUCGACGGCUCUUGUCAACGUUCAAAUAAUUGACAUCAACGACAACUCGCCGGAAAUAUUUGUCAACACAUUCACUCAGACUCCAGGAGAAGCGGAAGUGUUUGAGGAAACGGAAGUGGAUGCAUUCGUUGCUCACGUGACUGCAUCAGACCGUGACUCAGGCGAUAACGGACAAGUGAGUUGUCAUUUGAAUGCUACGGAUAAUUUUCGGCUGGUCGCCACUGGUAACAGGAACGGUCAAAGCGUCGAUUAUCAGAUACUUACGAAGUCAAAACUGGAUCGAGAGCUUCGAAACUUUUACAUAUUAGAGCUGACAUGCAGUGACCACGCAAGAGACCAACUAUCCAACGUCUCAAUCAUAAAAGUGAUUGUACGCGACAUCAACGAUAACGUUCCUGAGUUUGAAGAAGCCGUCUAUCGCACAGAAAUCAUCGAAAACAAUCCCGUAGGCAAGAUGGUGGUGCAAGUGAGAGCACACGACAAUGAUGAAGGGCUAAAUGGCAAAAUCGAAUAUUUCAUACCGGAGGAAUCCGAUCCAGCACUUUAUUUGCAACCAUCGUCGUCGUCCGGCGUGUUGAAAGCGGCAGUGAUGUUCGACCGAGAACGAGGUGGGGUCAUCGAUUUACGGGUGGCUGCCAGGGACAGAGGGAACCCGUCGCUAACCUCCACCACUUUAAUCAGGCUCUCCAUUAUUGACGUCAACGACGAAAGUCCCAGGUUUGCGUUUGUUUUUCGUUUGCUGUUCAUUUUAUUUAAAUUAAAUUCAUCCUUGAAAUUUAAAACUUAUGUAACUCUCGUAUACAAUCAUAAUUCUAACUUUGUUAUUUAA